AGUGGAGAGACUGGCCAUGGAGAACCAUAGCCUUUCCAGCCUGGCCAGCCCCUCUAGCCCCUCCAACCCUGGAGCGAACCAAGGCCUGCUGGUCAACGGCCCCAUCCAUGGCUCGGGAGACCAACGGACCUAUGGCAUCCUCGCUGCCUGUAGGAGGAAACAACUCUCUCCAGCCGCUGAAGAGCCACAAAGAGGAGUUGGAAGAAGGGAAGAGAGAUCUGAGGAGGAGGAAUGAAGAGCUGGAGAAAGAGAGGGAGGAGGGAGAGAGAGAGAGAGACUGCCUUCAUCGCUCGGUUGAGCAGCUCCGAACCAAACUGAGUUGUGGUGUUACUGAGGAAACGGUUCAGCGUUCCGAUGCCCCGCCCUCCUCUGACAGCUCCCACCUGGCCAAACUCACAGAGCAGCUUCAAGCCACACAGGGCAGGUACAGAGAGCUGCAGGAGCAGUUAGAUUCCCUCCAGAAGAGUUCAGCUCAGAGAGACAGAACUGAAGUGCUGCUUAAACAGAAGGACAAGGACUGUACCCAGCUGGAUAAGGAUGUCGAGGCGCUGAAGGCCCAGGUGACGUCUCUCCUGGGAGAGCUGAGAGAGAGACAGAGCUGUUUGGACCGGAGCCAGCAGGACCGCAACAUCCUGGACGACAGGCUGAGCAGUACUCGGGAGUCAUUGGCAGCAUCAGAGAGAGAGAUGGAACAACAGAGGAAGCAGCACUCUGUGACGGUAGACAAACUACUGCUGCAGACACACAACUUAGAGACCGCCCUGAAGACUGACCGCCUGGUCAUUACUGAGGAGAGGAGGAAGCUUGCCCAGCUGCAGCACGCCUACACCUGUCUGUUUAAGGACUACGACUCCAAACUCAAGACUGAGGGAGGAGACAUGGUUGUUCGUCUGGAGGAGGCAGAGAGAGCUCUGGCUCUGAAACAGGAUCUGAUUGACAAGCUGAAGGAAGAGGUGGAGCAACAGAGAGGAUCUCUAGAGACCGUUCCUGUUCUCACUGCCCAGGCUGAGAUCUACAAGGCAGACUUCCUAGCGGAGCGGGAGGCCAGGGAGAAGUUGAACCAGAGGAAGGAGGAGCUUCAGGACCAGCUGAACACAGCGUUGGCUGAGAUGGAGCGUCUGAAACAGGAAGAGACCUCACGGGCUCGGAUGGAGAAGAUGCAGCAGAGACACCUGGAGGUCUUCAGACCACCACGACCCCACAUCACCCCCCAAUCAGGGAGUGCCUUUAACUCCUCCUCCCGCAGCGUGGGAUUGUCUGCAGAGGGAGUGGCUGGAGGCGGGGCUGAAGAGCUUCCUGACUACCGCUGUCCAAAGUGCCAGUACCAAGCCCCCGACAUGGACACACUACAGAUACAUGUCAUGGACUGUAUCCAGUAACACACACACACUUAAAUGUUUGGGGGGGCUGAAACAACAGUAGCUCAUCAGCAUGAUGACAUCAUUGUUAUAGACCUCUUUCCUUCCCAUCCCUCUCCACCAUAUACAGUCCUCCCCCACACCUCCCUAUCCCCUCUCUCUAUCCCUCUCCACCAUAUACAGUCCUCCCCCACACCUCCCUCCAUAUCCCCUCUCUCUAUCCCUCUCUACCAUAUACAGUCCUCCCCCACACCUCCCCUCUUUCUCUCCAUAUCAAUCUUUACAUAUUUUAUUUACUUAACUAGGCAAGUCAGUUAAGAACAAAUUCUUAUGUACAAUGACGGCCUAGGAAUAGUGGGUUAACUGCCUUGUUCAGGGGCAGAACGACAGAUUGUUACCUCGUCAGCUCGGGGAUUUGAUCUAGCAACUUUUCAGCUACAAGUCCAACGCUCUAACCACUAGACUACCUGCCGCUCACUCUCUCUCCAUAUCUCUUUCUUUCUCUCCAUAUCAAUCUCUCUCUCCUUCCUGCUAUCCCUCUCAGGCUGAAAGUGUAAAUGAGUCUUCUGACCCCUGACCCUGUGUACCAGGGUGUAUUCAUUACGGAAACCGUUUAAGAACCAAACUGAAGCAAACAGAGCAAAACAAGUUUCUAUUGGACAAAUUCAGGUAGGUCCCGCCCCAUUUUGUUCUGUUUGCUUCAUGUUAGGAAACGUUUUGCAACAAAUUGAAUACCGCCCUGUGGUGUCUGUUAGUAUGUCAGAGCAUGAUAAUUCACCAUGGCCAUGUGUGUGAGUAUUGUCUAAUUCUAGGUCUUUCGGAGUACAGAGUGUUUUAAAUUGUUGUAUUAGAGACGUAAUAAAUAUAAAUAUUGACAUCA